AUGGUACUUCGUGAGGAUUUGAGAGCACUACACCAACUCUGGCGACUAAUGCAUUCCGAGAAGAAGUAUCUAAAUACGUCUUUGCUAAGUGAAGAAAUGGAGACCUUAACCCAUGUUUCGGGUAGCUUACGUGGAGUCGCUGCCUCUACUAUGACACGCCGAUCAGUUCGACCUCAAUUAGGUUCUCCUGCUGUAUCCAAUGCCCCGCUAGCGAUGUCGCGCAUAGCCUCCGUUCAUCAGUUCGGCUCCAACACCCCUGCCCUCUCUGAAAAUGAAGCAUUGACAUCGAGUCCUGGAGCACCACUAGUCUCAUAUGGAGCCUCCCUCACUUAUACUUCUUCUACCAAUGAUGCACUUGCUGCUGCAGCAUUCGCGACUGCGGAAUCCGGCCACCCUUACGGAGGAGUCCAGACAUCUCUUGGCUCAAGUUCCAGUUUGCUGGCAUUGCCUCAGCAGUUGACAACCCCAGGAAUCCAACCUUGUGUCGGCUUGCCUUUUCAGCCACCAGGAGCCCAGUCGGGUGUCAUAUUUGGACUCGCGGACCAAAAUGUUUACAGGAGUGUGGGAUCUAUGUCAGCUCCAACCUGGCCUGGGGCCGGCACGUCUGCCUCUUCAAUGGUUUCUAAACGGUCCUCCACUGGUAAGCUGACUUAA